CUCAAAUCAGGCAAGGCCCGUUAAGCUUUGUGCUUACCCCCGGGAUACAGCAGCAUGGAAAUAGACUACCGAGACAUGCCAUUUGAGUAUAUAUAGUGUGGAGUAGAAUCAAAUUAAAUUAAAUUAUUGAAUUAUUGGAUUAUUGCAUAAUUGCAUAAUUGAAGGGGGUAUGAGAGGAUCCCUAUUACUAAGGAUACCGGUGAAUCAUAAACUAAAGCCUAGUAAUUUUUUCACCGAUCCUCCAUUAAACUAUGAAAUAUAUUUAAAGCGAGUUCGUACAUUCCCAAAAGUUUUCAAGCCAAUUGAUAAUGCGAAGACUGAUCCAGAACGACAUAAUAUAGAUCUAGCUUUACGUAAUGCCAUUAAGGCAAAUCGAACUUUACAGCGAAACAAUAUUUCAUUACCCCAUAAAUAUAGACAUAGUCAUGAUUAUUAUAUUAAUGAUGAAGUUCUUAAUUUAAAAUUAAUGCCUUCCAAUAAUAAAUUGGAACAAAUGUUGUGGAACUUUUUAUAUAAUAAUGACCAAAAUAAAUCAUAUUUUACAACUAAUUCAAAUACCCUAAAAGCAUAUUUAACUACUCCUCCUGUUCCUCAUAAUCCAAAGAGACUAUUUGAUAUAGCCUUGACUAAUUUUAAUCAAAUACUUCCUAAGAGAUUUUCAUUAUUUAAGAAAAUCGAUCACAUUGAUACAUCAGUUACUUAUACAGUAUUACAACUAUUAUUAGAAAAGAAGGAUUACUAUAGUGCAUUCAAGUUAAUUGAUCUUACGAUUAAUUCACCAGAUUAUCUCAAUGUACUUCAAAAAAGAUUUAAACAUUCAUUGAUAUAUUCUUCCCUGGCAAUAACGACUAUUACUUUAGCUGAAAUAUUCAUGCUCCCACUCAUAUCACCUUUUGCUUGGAUGGGUAUUAAUUUGUUAGCAUUUGCCGGAUUAUUCUAUGGACUAUUUAGACUUCGAGUAGUUCAGAAUGCUGGAAGAUUAAGUUGGCGUCCAUAUAACUCCAUUUAUUAUAAUUAUUUGCAUAGUGAAGAAAUCAUUGCCAUUAACAAAGUCAUAACCCAUUUGGAAGAACAUAAUGAGGUUAACAUUAAAAAUUUCCAUCAUAGUAAAGUUAGAAAAUCCACCAAUCUCAGUUUAUUUGAACUGAAUGAUUUCUUAUUAGAAGCACCUAACGGUAAAAUUGAAUUAGUAAAUUCCUUACACCCUCAUGAAGAUGCUGAGAUGGCUAACCUUCAACAGUUUUUACGACAAGAAUUGAAUAAACGGAAGAUGGUGUUGAAUGAUUCACCCGAAGAGUUGGACUUUUUGAACUUUUGGCUUACCCACGGAGAGAAUUAUGAAUGGAUUGAGCCAGAUCAAGAUCCGGCCGAGAUAGUCAAGUUGGAUAUUAAAAAUAAAUUGGCGUAAUGUACAGUUACUAUUAUGCAAUGCUUUAUAUAUUAUUUAUUAUGUUUAUUACUAUACGGUGAGUAAAUUUUCAGUGUAUAUAUCG